CCUUUUAACCGUGCAUAUCUUUGUCUCUGUCAAUUAUUUUCAAAAUAUAAAAAUAAUAAACAGUGGGAACCAGACAAUAAAUAAUAUGUAAGUCAAAUAAUAAUUAUAUAAAUUUAAACUUUCAUGUCAUAUACACAAAUAUAUGUACAGUACCAUGCAAAUUCAAUGGAUUUUUUGCAAGUUAAGGUUUUUUUUUGUUUUUUUUUUUAAGGGCAUACACCAUUCUAAUUAUUUAAUUUAUUAAUAAGAUAGAUUAUUAAACAAAACCCAUUAUUAAUAGAGACAAAGGUCGGCUGCUAGGAAUCUACUUAGCUUCCGUAGCUACAUAUUAUUAUCUUCAUUCUACAUUUCUCCUUAUAUAUGUUCAUAAACCCUCAUUCAUCUAUGUCUCAUUAAAACCAAAUUAUUCAUUUUUACUCUAUUAUAUACUAUUACACUAAUUAAAUUUAUAAAGCUUUAUUUAGCAAAAAAAUCAUGGCUAGUGUAUUUGUAACAAAAAAGGUAAAUGUAUAUCCAAAAAGCAUGCAAGCUACCAAAGUUAUGAAGCUUUCAAAUUUAGAUAGGCAAUGUCCUACACUUAUGUACUUGGUGUUUUUCUAUAAUCCUUCUCAUCAUAAUCAUAAUAAUAGUAAUGAUUAUGUGUUUAGUAGCUUGAAAUUGGGUUUAGAGGAGACGUUGUCGCUAUGGUACCCGGCAGCCGGGAGAUUAAGCAAAAACCCUAAUAAUGGGAAUAAGCUUGAUCUUUGGUGCAACAAUGGCGGUGCAAUUAUGGUUGAAGCUGUUACACAAACUAGGGUUUCGGAGCUCGGUAAUCUUUCUCAAUAUAAUGACUUUUUUGAGAAUUUGGUUUAUAAGCCUACUUCUGAUAUGCCCCUUCUUGUUGCUCAGGUGACAAAAUUUGGAUGUGGAGGCUACUCAAUUGGGGUAGGAACAAGUCAUGCACUUUUCGACGGUCAAGCAACCUUCAAUUUUUUAUCAGCUUGGGCGUCCAAUACUCAAGCUACCAAGCUUGGAAUUAAGGCAUUUGAUUGGCAUAAACCAGUGCAUGACCGAGAAAUAUUGUUACACCUCAAAUCCAACUCUAACAAAAACAAUAGUCCAGAAGCUGCAUUAACAAAAGUCGCGGCUAUUCAACAUUUGUACCAAUUGAUCACCCAAGCAGCUCCUAGUGGUGGCAUGCUUAUGAACCCUCAAUUGUUUGUACCAUCUUCUAUUAAAGAUGAUUGUCUUCUUACAACCUUUCACUUCACCUCGUCGAUGAUUGAUACCUUGAAGAGGAGAACUUAUGGCCUUAAUAGCUACUCUUCAUCGUCGUGUUCAUCUUUUGAGAUUGUCACUGCACACCUAUGGAAGGCAAGAACAAAAGCAUUAGGGCUAAGAAGAGAAAGAAUGGUAUGUCUCCAAUUUGCAGUAGACACAAGGACAAGACUCACACCCCAACUCUCCCAAGGCUUCAGUGGCAAUGCUUAUGUUCUAGCCUCCGUCGCCCUCACAGCCGGCGAACUUGAGCUCGCAAGCUACGAAACCCUUGUCAACAAGAUCAAAAUGGCCAAGAACUCCGUCGACAAUGAUUACGUUAGCACGUAUCUCGAGGUACUCGAGGGGUCCGGGGACGCCCUCCCAUCCCUAAGGGAGCUCACCAUGGUCUCAGAUUGGACUAGAAUGCCAUUUCACAAGGUUAAUUUCAUGCACUCUUUUGCAAAUUCAGCUGUUUCUGCAUGCCCUUUAACUCCUCCUGUCCCACAAGUUGCAUAUUUCAUGCAAAGUCCUAAGGAAGACAAAGGUAUUGAUGUGAGGAUUGGAUUAAACUCACAAAUCCUUACUACAUUUUCUCACUAUUUCCUUAACAAUAUUUCUUAACACCCACAAUUUAUUUUAUUUUGGUUUGUUCCUUUAAUUUUAUUAUCUUUUGUUAUAUAUUUCUCUCAAAAUAUAUUACAAUAGCUACAACUUUAUUGUAGCCGUCGAAAGAAAAAAAAAUUACACUAAUUAUUAAUUAAUCUUAUGUAUUGUUGUAAUGACAACAAAUGUAUUGUAAUUUGUAACCAUUGUAAAAUCUUCCGUGGAAUAGAUGUUAUCGGCUAAAAUUAAAUGUGGCACCGUAUGGAUGGGUGAUGAAGAAGGUUGUAAAUUAUAGCCCUAGAUAAUUUGGCUUCUUUCAUGCUUAUGUAAGGUAACAUUAGCAAAUAUUUACCCUGAAAUUAAAUGUUUGUGUACUCUGGCAUUAUGAUUAUUAA